AUGGCCAAGACAAAUCAAUCCAAUGGUAAAUCUCGUUUUACUGAUGUUUACGAUGAACCUGUAGAUCGUCUUCUGUCACCGAUCAAAGGCUAUCAGGAAAAAACAUUAGUUUCACUUGCAGAAGCUGUUGAACCCGUUUCAAGUUUUUUUAAUGAAAUCGAAGAUUACAUGUUUGUUGCAAUGCAUAAUUGUCAAAGUCCAGCUGAAGGAUUAACGCAAGAUGAAUCAGCUUCAAUUCAUCUUUAUACAAUGCAAUUUUAUGGUGGACCAAGUUUAUAUCUAUUACUUAAUGAAUCAUUACGUGCUGAAAAUCGUGGAAAAUUAAUACCAUGGUUCUCAUUUCUCAAGUUAUUUCUUACUGCUCUGCACAAAUUACCCUCCUACAGUGGAAUAGUCUGGCGUGGUAUUCGUGGUGUUGAUUUAAGUUCAAAAUAUAAAGCUGGUACAAAAUUUGCUUGGUGGGGAGUAAGUUCAUGUACAACUCAUAUUGAAGUACUGGAGUCAGAACAAUUUUUGGGUAAACAUGGACAACGUACACUCUUUUCAAUUGAAUGCAUCAAUGGAAAAUCGAUUGUAAAACAUUCUUAUUUCAAAAAUACCGAAAAAGAAAUUAUUCUCAUGCCUGGUUCUUAUUUCGAAGUGAUGGGCCAACUAAAUCCUACGCCAGAACUGCAUAUCAUUCAGUUAAAAGAAAUCACACCGCCCAUUGCACUUGUGAAAUCACCAUUUUCUAAAUCUACCGAAAACGCUUCAAAUAAAAUGUCAUCGAUAACAGAAGGUCUGAAAGGUUUUAUAUUUCUUAUUAUCAUUUUUUUCUAA